AUGACAGCCAGCGAAGCUCAACGUCAGCGGGACUUCAUCGAUGACCUUCUGCAGGACUGUGACCUCAAUGGGCAUUACGAGAGACCUAUCUUCUGUCCAAAAUGUAACAAACAUUACCAAUUCAAAGAUGACUUGUGCGAUGAUCUGCUGAACAUGAUCGACUACUUCCUUAAGCUAAGACUCAGGACGGAAGACGGCAACAAUAAUGCAUCAUCCAUCAGCGGCGUAACCAUUGAUCUUGAUGAAAUAAUCGUGUCGCACCUCAGCGGGCUUUCAUACAAGGUUCACGAGCCGACUGUGAGCGUCAAUAAGACAUCGGAGGUGUCGUUCAAGCAGAACGUCUCGAGUCGAGCUGAGGAGGACCAACCGCAGGCCACUGGCGGCGUGCUCAACAGCACUCUGCUACAGUCACCGUGUUCCGCUAAAAAGCACCUGAGCAUCAGUAACGGAGAGCUAUCCACCCCGCGGCAAACAUCGACGCCAAACACCAGCUGCCAGAAAAUCAAGAUCACAAUCAAAGACCGUUUCCAUUCGUGUUCAAUUUUCGACAUGACAGUAGCCAAUUCCAAUUCGAAGCAAGGAGCCGCUUCGCUAUCUCAGUCCAGUUCUUGCGUGUUCUCCGCCGAUGGCGAAAGAGUAACACCGAUGAUAAUUGUAUCCUCAAAUUCAGAGUGGCAUGGAAACUACGUGUUCACGUUGUACGUACCGGCGUUCAACUGCGUCUCUCCUGUCUGCUUCGAAAAUUCCAACGUCCUCAUGGCACAUAUUUUCUGUAGGCAGCUGAACAUGCUGACCUUCCGACGCUAUGACGCAGUGGCCAACGUCGAGUCACUGUCCGCCAUUGGUCACCGAGGACUGACGUGUCAUGGCUACGAGUCCGUUCUGCAACAGUGUCUUGCGUCGCCUGAUGAUCUAACUAUCGAAGUGUGUCCACGACUAUUGACGAUAGACUGUGCACAAGAAUGCCGAUUCGUACUCAAACAGAGGAACGGAACUGUGAAAUCGGCCGGAUAUCCUGACCAUUACCUUCCGUUCUCUGACUGUACUUGGGACAUCAUAGUUCCUGCCGACCACGCGAUUCUGUUGGAGCUUCUUGACUUGCACAUGGGCAUGGAAACAUCGAAGUCUAUGCAAGAACGCUGCUCAAGAUCGCACUUAGACCUGUUUUUAUCCGCGGAUGAAAGCGAGGGUCUAAGCUCGCUGAACGGCAGAGUGCGUCUCUGUGGAGAUUCGACGAAUCUGCAGACUUUUUCUUCCUCUUCCAAUCGUCUGCGAAUUCACUACGUUACGGACGCGAUGAGAAUCAUCGAGUCUAGUCGGAAAGGAUUCAUGCUUCGAUAUUACAGCGUUUCUGGCACGGGCAUGAGACCUCGAUGGACUGCGGACUACACAACCAUUCCUUCUAGUCACCAUUCCAAUGGUGACGAGGAAAUGGACACUGAAGAGCAUGUGACUACCUUCAUAAUGAUGGCCAUCCUGCUUUUGAUCGCCACUGCUUCAGCGCUGAAGCACUGGCUGUCACACGUGUCGCUCAGGAGAAAAUCCACGAAAGUCAGGAGGUUGAACAUGGGAGUGGCUCGAACGAACAUGGUGAACAUCGAAUGUUUGGUACAGCGACCAGACAGACAUGGCUAUUAUCACCAACCACUGUACUGUUCGAAAUGUGAGCAGCAUUUCCAGAGAAACGACAGGGUCUGUUCUCACUUGCAGUUGCUGAUCGAUCAGUUUGGUGAAAGGAGAGAGACUUCGUUUGAUGUGGCUCCCGAAGACCUGUCUGGGCAAAAAGAUGAUGUAAACUUCAGCACCGUCAGCAACAUCACGAUCGAUAUCGAGGAACUGAUGUCUACCAAGGAAAUGAAUCAGGUGAACAGGAGAGAAUCUGGGAAAAAGAGUCUCAUUUCGAAUACAAGAAGCAAACGACGAAGUGAAAGAAGUGAUUAUCCUAGAACCAGCGUUCUUCUAUCGGCUAAAAGGAAAAGUGGAGUAAACGUGUCUACGCAUCAGUCACGAUUGUAUACAUUGAACUCCACGUCCAGCAGCGCCCAGUCGUCGGCUAUGCCUGAUUUGAGUGCGGUUACGAACGACCAGACUUCAAGCAGUGAUCAGCCGGUAGUUUCCUGCGUCCUCAUUCGAAGCGAGGACGACGACGUGUACACGGAUGUAGUUGCGGAUGCAGACGUCCCUAGCACUUCACUGCUGAACUUGCCCGACAUGCCAGGGUCAUCACACCUGCGAAGAUGCAGAAAAGCGUCGUUGAGGGAAGUUAAAACCAAGCUCACCUCCUUGCUUCGAAAGGAAAGGUCUGAACAGGUGAAUAGCACGACCUCGGUACCAGAUAUUGGGAAUGUCGAAAGUCGAUUUCGAUGA